UCCAUGGUUGCCACGUCUGUCUCUAGGUAAGUCAAGUAUAUAAGAUCAGAAUUUAAACAAAAACAACUUCUCAGAUGGUCGGAAAAAUAUCUUUCUGAACUUUCACUCGACGAUUUCUCCAAAAUGAUCUCUUCAACUCUGAACUUUUUGUAUCCUGUCAAGAAUGAAAGACCCAAAGUGAAAAGUUACAGCGAGAAAAGUGACUUCCAUCAUGGAAAAUCUUCAGACCAGUGUCAUCCUCACUGACAGACUGUGAGAAGGGACUUUUCUCAAUCAGCUGGGAACCUGCACCGGUGUCUUUGUGCGUGCGUCCGUCAGCACAGGAGGAGGGUUUCAGGCAUCAUCACUCAGGCAUCCUCUUACUGGCUCACUGGACUAAAGCCUGGGAACCAGACCAACGAUGACCAUUCUCAUCAAGCAAAUGGAUUCAGAGGAAGUCGUUGAUCGCCACCAGUCUGAUCGUGGCGGUGUCGCUCUUCGUGGUGGUGGUGAACUACUCAGAGAAGCCCUACUUCCUCCUGCAGCCCGUGUUCGGUCAGACGUUCAGCAGCCACUGGAUGUUCUCUAAGCAGCCGUACAAGGCCUUCAAACCUCACCUGGGCUAUGUUAGCAUCCCCAAACAGGAGCCUCUGAAGCUGCACUGUGAGCUCUGCAGCAUCGUGUCCAGCUCUGGCCAGAUGUUGGGCCAGGCUGCCGGCCUGCAGAUCGACCAGUCUCCCUGCAUCUGGCGGAUGAACAACGCACCCACGCGGGGCUUCGAACGCGACGUGGGCCAGCGGACCACACUGAGAGUCGUCUCGCACACCAGCGUCCCACUGCUGCUGCAGAAGCCCCAGUACUUCUUUGGCCAGGCCAACGACACGGUCUACGUGGUGUGGGGGCCGCUACGAAACAUGAGGAAGGACGGAAAGGGCAUUGUGUACAACAUGCUGCGACAGGCGGCUGAGAACUACCCUCAUGCACGCAUCUACGUCACCACAGAGGACAGGAUGAACUACUGUGACAUGGUCUUCAAGAAGGAGACGGGAAAAGAUAGGAUCCAGUCGGGCUCCUACCUCAGCACCGGCUGGUUCACGCUCAUCCUCGCCAUGGACAUGUGCAAAGAGAUCCAUAUCUACGGCAUGAUAAAUGACACCUACUGCAAGACGGAGGGUAACAGAAAGGUUCCCUAUCACUACUACGAGGCGGGCAGUCGGGACGAGUGUGCAGAGUAUCUGCUCCAUGAGAGCGCCCCCUACGGCGGCCACCGCUUCAUCACCGAAAAGUCUGUGUUCUCCAAGUGGGCCAAAACUCACUCCAUCAAGUUCUUCAACCCGCCUUGGCAGCUGUCGUGACCCUGGCUGAACCGACAUGGAAAUACUACACCGUCAUCAACACUUUCAUCACCACCGUUGUCGUCUGGGGACCAGCUGGAUCUCUAUGCCGACCGAAAGCUGGUUCCUUGAUGUGCUCAAACAUAAUUUUUUGGCACAAAUUCCACUUCAUGUCCAUUAAAAAAGGUUUGUUGAUGGCUCCUUGUCAAGUCCUGGAUGGCGAAUAUCCAGGAAGUGCUUGUUUGUUUGUUUUCUUGACGGCGCCAUUCAAUCAGACAGACUUCCAGUUAAGGUUUGCCCAACAUGGACAGGGAAAAAACAUCUCCUGCUUCAUGAAAAUCUAUUCCUCCUGAAUUUUUGAGCUGAAGAACGCGCACAGCACGCUGCUCUCCACUGACUAAUCGAUCCAUUCGCUGCUCUGUGAGUUUAGCAAAGGAUGGCUCGAAGGCUAAACUUUUUUAAAAAAAGGAGAAAACAACAGGAAAUCGUAACAACCAUCCACUUUCAGUAGCAUCGGCGGCUCACAUGUCCACAGUUGCUGAACAUCUUAAAGGCGAUAUUAAAAUGUUUUUCAGCGGUGUUGCUGAAGAAGAGCUCAGCUGCUGCAGAGACGAGGCACGCUGCCAUGGACACCCGACAAACUCGCCAACUCUGUUUUCUCUGCGUGUGUCUCAUCCUCUGUCAGUCUGUAAUUAAUCUAUAACGAGUAUUAUUCAGGCCUUCACCUCCAGCUGUGGGAUUAUUGAAGGCAGGUUUCAAUUUACGCUGGCCCGUCGGAAAAAGCUUCAACAAACAAUGUCAUUAGAAAAGAAAACAUAGCGGGAAAAAAAUGAUUUCAGUCAAACCUGAAGGUGAACAAUAGUUUGUUUUUUUCGUGUUACGCUGUGUGUAAACUUACACUCAAACUCAAAGAUGUCAGCUUUUUUUUCCUUUUAUAAUGCUGUGAAAUUUUAAGGGACAUGUUUUGGCUUGAGGUUGCUAAUUUAUUCUGCAGAGAUAAGUUCCUAACGCUCUUUAACAGUGUGCCAUUGACAAUGUGAGCAUCACAGCACAUAGAGCAAUGUGCAAUUAGAAACUCCAUACUUGCGGAAGGAGUUAAAUCAUUUGCGACCCCGCAGAGGGAGAGAUUUAUGUGUGCAGUGAAACCAUUUGAAGUUAAUUGUAUUCUAUUAUCAUUUUGUGCCUGCAAUAUACUCUGCAGUUCAUUGUAUAGAGACGGAGGUAGACGCUCUGUCUCUCGCUCGCUCAUAUUCUCAUCCAGCUUUGUGCCUCUUUGUGUACAGUAUCACUGUGUGACUUCCCAUUUGUCUUUGAACGCAGCGCGCGUGUCUCCUGGUUCAGGUCAUUACAUUUGAAUGCAUCUGUUCCGGGACAGUGAAGAAUAAUCAGUGAAGUGCUGAGGUGUGUCGGUUGGCUGGUAGCUGUGGAGGGCUGAGACACUCUGGCUGUGACCGUGACUCCCCCUCCCCCCUCGAGGCUGUGAUUAGUGUCCCGGUCAGAGCUGCAGCCCGGAGGGGAGGACUGGAAGGAUUCAAAGACUUCUAAUUUAGGCGACUUGAUGCACAGGGUCCCUGACGACUGUUAUAAACUGCAGCUGAGCUUCACAAUCUCACUCUCGCUGCAGCAACUGUUUACACUCACACGUAGGCACUCCAUGUUGGGCUUUUUCUCAGUAGGCAUCGAUUUGGUGAUUUACAGGUCAAAAGACAUGUAGGUUAAAACCAGGUCAUGUCCUCAGGAGUUUUAGUAAUUUGCGAGUUUACAUAUUGUAGUAGGGUGAGGAUUUUAUCAGCCAAUUACAGUAGUAUAUGUAAAGUUGAUUGCUUUUUUAGGCCAAUAAAUAAAUAAGGUUUCAGUAUUUAUCCUCCAGAAUGGCAGUGUAGAGAAGGCUUUGCAAUAAGAUUUACAUCUUAAAUUUGGGAAGCUAAAUUUACAGAAAAUAUCAGCUAAAGCGAAAAAAUGAAGAGUUCCCUCUUUUUGCUUUUUGGUCAGAAUUAAGGAGACCAUCCUCCCCCAAAAAUCCCCCAUAGGUCGUUUGCAAUUAAGAAUCUUAUUUCAACCAGAUUCCAGCCCAUAUUAAGGUUCUUUAUUUAUUUCUGACCUUUGGCUGUGGUAAUUAUGACUGCAGCAAAGGAGGAAGUGUCCAAAGAGUGACAAAGUCUGCACAAGGAAGAGGUUUGGGAUGAUGGAUGGGUCAAACAAACAGGAAGUGUGAAACCAAAAGUUAACAAUGACUUAAACUUAGUUAAACUUAACUGCGUGUGUAGGAAGUUAGGGAACAUACCAAACAUAGUUAUUCUAACCCAAACCUAGAUCUUUUCUUUAACCUAAAGGUUGACCUGUGCAACAGUGAGGUUUAGUUAUAAGGAUAGGUUGAUCAAUGUCGAGGUUAGAGGAUUUAUUGAGCAUCUGAGCUUAUAAGCACAUCUCUGGUAAGCACAAGAAUUAAAGGUUUGCUUUUGCAUGACUCUUUGUGAAGAAAGUCAUUUUUAAAAAUCUAUAGAUCAAAUCAACUCAUAUAUUACUCGACAAAAUCAUUUGAAUGUUAGUCAACUAAGAAUUUCUUAAUUGAGCACAGCCCUAAAAUUAUUCUCUUGAAAAUCUUUAACAAUACUCAGCCCUAUUGAGACAUCUUGACCUGCAAACAACCCAAACCCUACUCUCUGGGCUGUUGAUUGUCAGCUGCAUGUUCGGAAACAUGUUUGGAAAUUCUUGGGUUCCUUACUUGUUCUGGAGAACAGAGAAUUUCCUAAGAAUGACCUACAGCUUAAGGACUCAUUGUAAGUCUGCCGAGCUGACAAGAGCAUCAGCAAAAUGUAAAAAUGUGCUGUUUUAAAUUCCACCCGGUGGAGAUCAGCGUACGGGAGAUGACCGUAACACAGGUGGGGUCACGGUUCACAUUUCCUCUGGGACGAUGUGCUCGAGAGUAUCGCAGCACUGAGAGCAGCUGCGGAUCAAAGUAUCCACCACACGAUGUAUGUAAAGCAGAAAUGUCUCACUGUAUUAUUUCUCCUGUUCAGGAAGCCAGAAAAUGCAAUCUGGGCCUUAGGAUGAGUUUGAAAUUAUACUUCUUUCUGUUCCCCUGGGAAAACGGCCCUUGAUACUGGAGCGUGAAUUCAUACAGUAUGCCAUGCAUGUUACAUGAUUAACGUACAUCUUUUAUAUAUUUCUACUCAGCCUGUGAUUGUGCAGUCAUCUGGCAGCUCUCCACCAAUCAGUUUUACCUCUGCUGUACAGUAAAUCCACCGUCAAUUGUAAAGCGCUUCACACUAAGAUAAGAUUUUAAGUUCUGUUUCGUCGACCCAUGAUUUGUGUUCUAGUGCAUUAUCUUAUUUGAUUUACUCACAUCUGGAAGAAGAUUUCUUCUGUUCAUCCUCCUUUUAGUGAGUUGUUUAAAUGAUGGCGACUUUUAUUUUUUGUUGAUG